AUGUCCUCGUUUGCCUCCCUGGCCGGCCUGGUUGAAUCGGGCUCGGCUGUGUGCAACUUCUUCGCUAAAGGGCUCUGUGACAAAGGGAAGCUCUGCCCGUUCCGGCAUAACCAGGGGGAGAAGAUGGUGGUGUGUAAACACUGGCUCCGCGGCCUGUGUAAGAAGGGCGACCAGUGCGGUUUCCUGCACCAGUACGAUGUCACCAGGAUGCCCGAGUGCUACUUCUACUCCAAGUUCGGUGAUUGCAACAAGAAGGAAUGUUCCUUUCUCCACGUGAAGCCAGCUUUCCAGACCCGGGACUGUCCUUGGUAUGACCAAGGUUUCUGCAAGGAUGGUCCCCUCUGUAAACACCGCCAUGUUCCUAAGACAAUGUGUGUUAACUACUUAGUGGGCUUCUGCCCCGAGGGCCCCCACUGCCAAUUUGCACAUCCCAAGAUGAAUCUUUUAUUCAACUCGAGCUACACGAAGGGCCCCGCAUCCGGUCCCUCAGCCCCAGGAAAGGCCGGCGCCGGCUCGGGAGGGCGCCCCCUGCUGCCCCUGAGUGGGAUCUCGGCUGGAAGGUGGGAAGCCGUCUCCAUCCGUGACUGUUGGCCAAUUCCCAAGCCCAUGUGUAACCGUCAGCAGGAGGCAUGUUUUGGCAAUUACAGUUGUCACCAAAGGUGUCUUGAAACCUGGUUUCCGCUGAGAGACCUGGCCAGAGCUUUUGCCCCUGGUCUAAAGCCACCAUGUGUACACAGAGUGGAUGUCUGCAGUGUUUUCUCCUGA